UCUGCUGUCAUGCACACUUCCUGAUCGGGAGCCAAUAGCAGUGUAGGCAGAGGGUCACAUGUUGGACUCCUCUGCUCUUUGACGUUCACCAUGUCGGACCUGAACAGAGGCAUUGAAAGGAGCACUAUGGGCCGCCUGGAGGGGAAAGUGAUUGUGUUGUCAGCUGCCGCACAGGGGAUUGGACGGGCUGCAGCAAUAGCAUUCGCUAAGGAGGGAGCACAGGUCAUGGCCACAGACAUCAAUGGAGAAAAGCUGAGGGAACUGGACAGUAUUCCUGGGAUCAAGACCAAGGUGGUGGAUGUGACUAAGAAGGACCAAGUGGAAGCACUGGCCAAGCAGCAUGACCAUGUAGAUGUGCUGUUCAACGUUGCUGGGUUUGUGCACCACGGCUCCAUCUUGGACUGUGAGGAGGCUGACUGGGACUUCACAAUGAACGUGAACGUCCGGAGCAUGUAUCUCAUGUGCAAGGCUUUCCUGCCUAAGAUGUUGGCAAAGAAGUCAGGAAACAUUAUUAACAUGGCUUCUGUUGCAUCAAGCAUAAAAGGUGUUGUGAACCGGUGUGUCUAUAGUACCUCCAAGGCUGCAGUAAUUGGGCUCACCAAAUCUAUAGCGGCUGAUUUCAUUGAACAAGGCAUUCGCUGUAAUUGUGUUUGUCCUGGGACUGUGGAUACUCCAUCACUGAGGGGUAGGAUCCAGGCCCAACCUGACCCAGAACAGGCCUAUAAGGAUUUCAUGGCAAGACAGAAAACUGGCAGAAUGUGUACAGCUGAAGAGGUGGCGCACCUGUGUGUGUACCUGGCCUCGGAUGAGUCAGCCUAUGUGACAGGGACUGAGCAAAUCAUCGAUGGAGGGUGGAGACUCUGAGAAGCUCAUCGUGGCCGUAGUGGAGACAGUUGCGUGUUUUCUGAAACAGACCCCUACACCCAAGUAAAGCGUGCACAACACGAUGACCAUAUUUUGAUGUUGCAUGUAAUGCUUGCGGAUUCGGUGAGAGAAUUGUCCCAGUGUCCAACUUCAGUCUACGCUGCAAAUGUGUCCACGUAGUGCCAAAAUAUUGACAUAUUGGCAGAUGUUGAUAAGGCCUUGUCAUAAACUGGCUAUCUCACAGGUACAGCAUGUCGAUGUAAACACCUUUUUAAAUAAACUUGUCGAUGUUUUAAUACUUUACAAAGCGAUCUGAGUGAAUCUCGAUGCGAUUAACAACUAAAUGUGUCUAAACAUCUAUUAAAGUUUCUCCA